CAACCAGCAUGCUGUUUGGGCACGAAAUCAAUAACUCAGUUUCAGAGACGAUCCCCUGCACUACGAGAUCAUUUCCAUCUGAAAAUGAAUAUGCAUUCAAAGCCAUCUGGUUCCGGAGUGGAAAACAUGCUUUUCUACACCAUCACAGAGGGAAAAGAGCAAGUGCCCAUCUCAUACUUUACAGCAGCACUGAAAAAAAAUGGCCUUCACCCAUCCGAUCCUCGCCUUAAAGACUGCAUGGAGAAGCUCCGAGAGGCCGUGAAGGAAUCUGUUGGCGAGGUGAUGAUGGACAAAGACCUUUUCCACAGAUGUGUAGGAGGAAACAUUGUUCUGCUAAUCCAGGCCUUCAGGAAGAAGUUUAUCAUCCCUGAGUUUGACCUGUUUGUACAGAAAAUAAAUGAAAUCUACGAAAAAGUGCAGAAGCAAAGUGAUGGGAAGGUUGCAGACUACAUUCCCCAGCUGGCUAAAUUCAGCCCAGAGCUAUGGGGUGUGUCUUUGUGUACAGUUGACGGACAGAGGCACUCAGUAGGCCACACAAAACAGCCAUUUUGCCUGCAGUCCUGCGUGAAGCCCCUGCAGUAUGCCAUUGCCGUACAUGAGUCAGGAACAGAGAAGGUUCACCGCUAUGUUGGCAUGGAGCCCAGUGGGCUCAAGUUCAAUGUGCUUUCACUUGACGAUGAAGAUAAGCCCCAUAAUCCCAUGGUGAAUGCUGGAGCCAUUUUGAUCAGCUCUCUUAUCAAGCCUCACUCAAAUAAGGCAGAAAAGUUUGACUAUGUUAUGGAGUUUGUGAAAAAGAUGGCUGGCCAAGAAUAUGUAGGAUUCAGCAAUGCCACGUUCCAGUCAGAAAAAGAAACAGGCGACAGAAAUUUUGCCAUUGGAUACUACAUGAAAGAGAAGAAGUGUUUUCCUCUGGGAGCAGAUAUGAUCGAUGCCCUUGACUUCUACUUCCAGCUUUGCUCCAUUGAGGUAACCUGUGAGUCAGGAAGCAUCAUGGCUGCCACUCUGGCCAAUGGGGGAAUUUGCCCAAUUACAGGCGAGCGUGUCCUGAGUACUGAGGCUGUGCGAAACACCCUGAGCCUCAUGCACUCCUGUGGCAUGUAUGACUUCUCCGGCCAGAUGGCUUUUCAUGUGGGCUUGCCUGCAAAAUCAGGAGUAUCCGGUGCAAUUCUGUUGGUGAUCCCCAAUGUGAUGGGAGUGAUGUGCUGGUCUCCUCCACUGGACAGGGUUGGAAAUAGUGUCCGAGGAAUACACUUCUGUCAGGAACUUGUGUCAGUGUUCAAUUUUCACAAUUACGACAACUUGAGGCACUUUGUAAAGAAACAGGACCCUCGCAGACAGGAAGGAGAUGACAGGAACAAGUCUGUUUUCAACUUGUUGUUUGCCGCCUACAGUGGAGAUGUAUCGGCACUGAGAAGAUUUGCACUUUCUUCCAUGGACAUGGACCUCAAAGACUAUGAUUCUCGAACAGCGCUUCAUGUUGCUGCAGCUGAGGGUCACAUGGAUGUAGUAAAAUUCCUCACUGAAACCUGCAAAGUUGAUCCAUUUGUAGAAGACAGGUGGGGGAAUCUGCCGGUCGAUGAUGCCAUGCAAUUUGGGCUUGACGAGCUAGUGAAGGUGCUCAAAGAUUACCAGCAAGAGUGCAGGCAGCAGGAAAAGAAGAGUGAAGCUGUGCAUCCCCAGAAGCUUGACACCAUUGAUGGCAUGGUGUGA